AUGCCGGAAGACUCUACGUCGAUUGACUAUGUCAUGGAGAAGGCAUCGGGGCCUCACUUCUCCGGUCUUCGCCUCGACGGCCUUCUUUCUUCUCCGUCGAAAUCCUCCAGCUCGUCUCCUUCUUUCUUCCGUACAGGUGUUUCAUGUUUUUCGCCUAUCUCCGAUCCCGCCGCGCCUAAUCAGCCCUUCGUCAUCGGGGUUACUGGUGGUACCGCUUCUGGGAAGACCACAGUAUGUGACAUGAUAAUCCAGCAACUUCAUGAUCAUCGCAUUGUUCUAGUUAACCAGGAUUCCUUUUACCGUGGUCUGACAUCUGAAGAACUGAAGAAUGUGCAAGAAUACAAUUUCGAUCAUCCUGAUGCCUUUGACACUGAGCAGCUUUUGCAUUGCAUCGAUACACUCAAGAGUGGGCAGCCCUAUCAAAUUCCCAUUUACGACUUCAAGACCCAUCAACGUAAAACGGAUGCCUUUCGCCAGGUCAAUGCUUGUGAUGUCAUAAUUUUGGAAGGGAUUCUAGUUUUUCAUGACUCACGAGUUCGGGAUCUGAUGCAUAUGAAGAUCUUCGUUGACACAGAUGCUGAUGUGAGGCUUGCUCGCAGAAUCAGGCGUGAUACGGUUGAGAGGGGUAGGGAUAUUGAUUCUGUGCUUGAACAGUAUGCAAAGUUUGUGAAGCCUGCCUUUGAUGACUUUGUGCUCCCCUCAAAGAAGUAUGCCGAUGUGAUCAUUCCCCGAGGAGGUGACAAUCACGUUGCAGUUGAUUUGAUUGUGCAACAUAUCCACACAAAACUUGGGCUACAUGAUCUCUGCAAAAUCUACCCGAAUGUUUUUCUUAUCCAAUCAACAUUUCAGAUAAGAGGCAUGCACACACUUAUUCGAGAGAAGGACAUAUCAAAACAUGAUUUUGUGUUUUACUCAGAUCGCCUCAUUCGUUUGGUCGUGGAGCAUGGGCUUGGUCAUUUGCCAUUCACAGAGAAACAAGUAGUUACUCCAACAGGGGCUGUGUAUAGCGGUGUUGAUUUCUGCAAGAAACUUUGUGGGGUCUCGAUCAUUCGAAGUGGUGAAAGCAUGGAAAACGCAUUACGUGCUUGUUGCAAAGGGAUUAAGAUAGGGAAGAUUCUCAUCCAUCGUGUCGGCGACAAUGGAAUGCAGCUUAUUUAUGAGAAGCUUCCAAGUGAUAUUUCUGAGCGCCAUGUCCUGCUUCUAGAUCCUGUUUUAGGCACAGGUAACUCUGCAAGUCAGGCGAUAGAACUACUCAUACAGAAAGGAGUUCCUGAAUCCCACAUUAUAUUCCUCAAUCUCAUCUCGGCUCCAGAAGGAAUCCAUUGCGUCUGCAAACGGUUUCCAUCGUUGAAGAUCGUGACGUCGGAGAUAGAUCAGUGCCUGAACGAAGACUUCCGGGUGAUACCAGGCUUGGGUGAGUUUGGUGAUCGCUACUUUGGCACUGACGAGUAA